AUCGGCGGUGGGUCCGGCAGCCGAAUGCAGCCCCGCAGCGAGCGCCCGGCCGGCAGGACGCAGAGUCCGGAGCACGGCAGCCCGGGGCCUGGGCCCGAGGCGCCGCCGCCGCCGCCACCGCCGCAGCCGCCGGCCCCCGAGGCAGAGCGCACGCGGCCUCGGCAGGCUCGGCCUGCAGCUCCCAUGGAGGGAGCCGUGCAGCUGCUGAGCCGCGAGGGCCACAGCGUGGCCCACAACUCCAAGCGGCACUACCACGAUGCCUUCGUGGCCAUGAGCCGCAUGCGCCAGCGCGGCCUCCUGUGCGACAUCGUCCUGCACGUGGCCGCCAAGGAGAUCCGUGCGCACAAAGUGGUGCUGGCCUCCUGCAGCCCGUACUUCCACGCCAUGUUCACAAAUGAGAUGAGCGAGAGCCGCCAGACCCACGUGACGCUGCACGACAUCGACCCUCAGGCCUUGGACCAGCUGGUGCAGUUUGCGUACACGGCUGAGAUUGUGGUGGGCGAGGGCAACGUGCAGACUCUGCUCCCAGCCGCCAGUCUCCUGCAGCUGAAUGGCGUACGAGACGCCUGCUGCAAGUUCCUACUGAGUCAGCUCGAUCCCUCCAACUGCCUGGGCAUCCGGGGCUUUGCCGAUGCGCACUCCUGCAGCGACCUGCUCAAGGCCGCCCACAGGUACGUGCUGCAGCACUUCGUGGACGUGGCCAAGACCGAGGAGUUUAUGCUGCUGCCCCUGAAACAGGUGCUGGAACUGGUCUCUAGCGACAGCCUGAACGUGCCUUCGGAGGAGGAGGUCUACCGAGCCGUCCUGAGCUGGGUGAAACAUGACGUGGACGCCCGCAGGCAGCAUGUCCCACGGCUCAUGAAGUGUGUGCGGCUGCCCCUGCUGAGCCGCGACUUCCUGCUGGGUCACGUGGAUGCUGAAAGCCUGGUGAGACACCACCCUGACUGCAAGGACCUCCUCAUCGAGGCCCUGAAGUUCCACCUGCUGCCCGAGCAGAGGGGCGUCCUAGGCACCAGCCGCACGCGUCCCCGGCGCUGCGAGGGGGCCGGGCCUGUGCUUUUUGCUGUGGGCGGCGGGAGCCUGUUUGCCAUCCACGGAGACUGUGAGGCCUACGACACGCGCACCGACCGCUGGCACGUGGUGGCCUCCAUGUCCACGCGCCGGGCCCGGGUGGGAGUGGCUGCGGUGGGGAACCGGCUCUAUGCUGUGGGCGGCUAUGACGGGACCUCAGACCUGGCUACCGUGGAGUCCUACGACCCGGUGACUAACACGUGGCAGCCGGAGGUGUCCAUGGGCACGAGGCGAAGCUGCCUGGGUGUGGCCGCCUUGCACGGACUCCUGUACUCGGCCGGUGGCUAUGACGGGGCCUCCUGCCUGAACAGUGCCGAACGCUAUGAUCCCCUGACCGGAACGUGGACGUCCGUCGCUGCCAUGAGCACCCGGAGGCGCUAUGUGCGAGUGGCCACGCUUGAUGGGAACCUGUAUGCUGUGGGCGGCUACGACAGCUCCUCACACCUGGCCACUGUGGAGAAGUAUGAGCCCCAGGUGAACGUGUGGUCGCCCGUGGCGUCCAUGCUGAGCCGCCGCAGCUCAGCCGGCGUGGCCGUGCUGGAGGGUGCCCUGUACGUGGCAGGGGGCAACGACGGCACCAGCUGCCUCAACUCGGUAGAGAGAUACAGUCCAAAGGCUGGAGCCUGGGAGAGCGUGGCGCCAAUGAAUAUCCGCAGCCCCUCCCCCGGCAUCCCUUCUUGCAGCCAGGGGCUCACCCCGCCUUCCCCCCAGGAGCACGCAUGACCUGGUGGCCAUGGAUGGUUGGCUGUACGCCGUGGGGGGUAACGAUGGUAGCUCCAGCCUCAAUUCCAUCGAGAAGUACAACCCGAGGACCAACAAGUGGGUGGCUGCAUCCUGCAUGUUCACGCGGCGCAGCAGUGUGGGUGUGGCGGUGCUGGAGCUGCUCAAUUUCCCACCGCCAUCCUCGCCCACGCUGUCCGUGUCCUCCACCAGCCUCUGACCCACCCACCACCAGAGGCCUGCAGCCUCCCACAUGCCUUAAGGGGGCCGUGGCCCCCACCAGGGACGUCCUGCACCAUCCGUUUACGUCUCUGCGUCCAUUCUUUCAUGUUUUUAUUUAGUUGUUUAUUUAUUUAGUUAUUUAUCUUAUUUAUUGAGGGGUGAGCAGUGCCGCGGCCGCCCGUUUACACCUUUAGCGUCUGGCCCUCCUGCGUGUCCUCCCCUCCACUGCCUGCAUGGGGGACAGCGGGGAGUGACCAGGCAGGGGCCUCGCCACCCCAGGGCCAUUGCCUGCUCAGACCCUGCAGGCUGCGGAGCAAGAGGCCCUGGGUCUCUCCAAGCAGCUGCAGACCCCAGCUCGAAUUUUGUACACAGCGGGGUCCCAGGAAGGGUGGGGAGCAGGUGUCCUUCCUGUCGUCGUCUGCCAUGUGCCAUCUUUCCUGGAUCUUGUAGUGGGUGCACACGUGUGCACUGGGACCCCACACAGCAAUACGAGCCCAACUUGAACAAUAAACACAUUUCUGGGGCUCCUCA